UAGAACUUAUAAUUCUAUGGUCCGUGGUGAAACGAAUUGGCCAAUAAGCGUGUGUAUGUAUGUACGGGCAGUAGCGUUUUAAGGUUAGGUCACGAUUCAUCCGAUACUACUGUUUUUAAAGUUUCGUGGCUGUUGCUUUGUCGGCGAUAAAGAGAGACUCAUCGUCGUUAAUUAUUUCACGCAAAUGAUAUGUGCACGUAUAUGCCUCUACGUGGAGACGCGUGUGCGAGCGAAGGCCGUGGUUGACCAAGCGCGUGCGUUCUGCGCUGCGACUUUCCUGUGGGAUUCUCCUUUCCGACCAAUUCACGUAUCGUUGAUCUCUGUAUUAUGAAGAGACGUCAAAGAAAACCAGUCCUCACGCUCAAUAAGCCGCAGGGUAGCUAUCACGGCGAGUACACGCAAAGUAGGUGUAAGGCGAUAAAUAAUGUACAAUCCAUGCAGAACGAGGCCAAUAAUCCGUUGGCCAACAUGUUGUGCCAAUACAACUCUGACAGUGAUACGGAAGAUUCCAAGAAAGACACGCAAAAAUUGGAUGAUCAAGUCAACGAUUUCCUCAAGGAAAUUCAGCUUAUUGCUCCUGAGCAACCUGUUCCGAACGUCGCUAGUGUUCCAAGUUCAACGACUAAGGCAGUUUUGCGGUCUGCGCAUCAAACGAACCAGGAAACACUGUGGCAAGAAUGCUAUGACGAGUCGACUGGUUAUCCGUACUACUGGCAUACCAAAACUAACGAGGUAACGUGGGACAUGCCAGAAGAGCUACAAUUGUUACAAAAGCAGCCGGAUGUGGAAUCCAGCGCAAAGCAUCCCAUUCAAGGGCCGCACUGGGUUGACUUUUCGUCUAUCGCAUAUCGGCAGUCUCAGGCAAAUAUACCUGAAGGUAUGAUACCACAGGAAGUGGUCGCGAGAAAUCGCAACAGAUUUCUACACAAUGAAACUGCGAAGAAAAAUAAUUCGGAAAGCAAACCGGAAAUUAAGAACGAGUCUCCGACGAAGGACGAUGAUUCGGACGAUGGACGGAUAGAGAUGAUAACAUCUUUCGGUAGCGACGGAAGUGACUCGGAGGAGGAAAAUAAUUCCUCGGAUGAAAAUAAGAUAUCGACGCCUUCAUCCGAGCCUGGAAAGUCCAGCUCUACCCCGUAUCUAAAAAGUAGCGAAAUCGGACCUGCCUUCUGCCCUACGGAAGUACAAGCGUCUACCAAAACUUUGCUGCAUUCAUAUAAAUCUGAUUCAACUGACGUAUUGAACACUACAAGUCCCGAAGAGCUCGAAGAGCGUAAAAUAAUCGAAUCGGACAGCAAGAGUAGUGUAGUUCAAGGUGAAAAAGAGUUUCUCACGGGGAGUAAAAAUAAAAAAGAUGUUAAUACACAUGACAUAGUUCCGAAAUUGGACCUCAACGUGUCCUUAGUACCUGGUUAUGGGGACGAUUCAGAUGGAGAAGAAGAAGUUAGGCCCAAGCAAGAAAUAAAGCCUUUGUUCCCGAUUGUGCAGAAUGAGGAAUACGUAAACGUAACGAACGUAACAAGCUCGUUGAAAAAUACUCACGACGCUUCCGCGAAAAAUUCUGGCAACGUACAAGUUCCCGAUCAGUGCAGCGACAACGAAGAUACGCAAGAGACGAAGAAUGAUCAUGAAAAAACGGAGGAGAAGGACUCGAAAACGGACGAAGAUAAAUCGAAGACAAAUAUAUUUCUGGAGGAUAUGCAAGUGUGCGGCAAAGCUUUUCAAAGAAAGAAGCGAAUAGCAUUUGAUGUUACAUCCAAUAAAGUUAAGCAAAGUAACAAUACGUAUCACGAAAGUACAAUUCGAGAUGACAACAGCAGCGAUCUUACAAGCGCUGAAACUACCUCACGCAAUGCCGAGGAUGGCGAUACGGGAAUGCAAACUCAAUUAUGUGCAGAAAGUGAAAAGGAAUGCGACGAAGCACACAAGGAGACGGAGCAGUGCGUUAGCAUUAAGACUGAAGAUAAGCUCAAUGUAAAAGAUGAAUCGUGCGACUCGGAAGCAUCUGUAGAACACAAAACAGUAUUGAACGUUGUCGAGGAAAAGGCUAACGAGGAAAUGAAUGACUUGUCUCAGAUUAUAACGGAGAAGUUGAAGUUUCUUUCCGAAGGAAGGGAGAGUGUCUCUGCUGUUCAAACGAUGCAAAUUCAACUGCAAACAUUAUCUACUGCAUGGACGGCAGGUAGCUUAGAGGACAGUUACUUUCAAAAAUGGCUAACUAAUACAAAUCAUGAAUUGGAAAGAUUAGAGCAAGAUGCGGCACCAGCUGGUUGGCUAUGUCAAUGGGAUAGGUCACAUAAGCGGUAUUACUAUCACAAUACAUCCACUGGGACAUUACAGUGGACUUAUCCCGACACCGGUAUUGCCGGUGGCACUGAGGAGAUGGAAUUGUGCACUACUCCGCCACCAGAGUCAGAAGAGUUAUCAGUCACAGGGUCACCUGGGGCAAAAAAAAUUAAGGAGAAGCAAGCUGAGGAGAUGGAUGAUAAUAAGACGGAUGACGAAAACGUAGCAGAUAGACAUCCCGGAACUUUGGAAGCGCCACCUCCGCCACAGAUAUCUAAUCCAAGUCCACCACCACCUCCGAGAAUAUUCGCGGAAGAUCUGAAGAAGGACAAGAAGAAAAGGGAGAGGCCCGACGAUAAAUUCAUGGACGCGAAGAGGAAGCGUUUGGAGAAAGACAGAAUAAUGGCGCUGGACACGCAACUGGUGAAUCCUGCUUUAGAAUCGUUAUCUUAUGCGCACCCACAAGUGGCUGUGUCGUCUCAAACUUCGUUACCUGCGAAUCAUGCAAAUAUGGAGCCUCUACCGCCUGGUGUGGACUUACCGGACACGUCUUACGAAGCUGCCACUCUGAAAGGGUUAAUAUAUAAUGCGGCGUCGCAGCCAAGUAAUGCGAUUUACGCGCCUUCAAUUGCCGAUCCAACGAUACCUAUCCUAAGCCAUCAAGCGGGUCUGCUGCAGGAACCAUUUGUUCAUUAUCCAACCUUUCAUCAACAUUUGCAUAACCAGACAAUCGCAGUUGCGAACAAGCACGGUGGACAAAGUGCGAUUCAGUUUAUGGUGGGAUAUGCACCGAUUUAUACGAAUAACAAAAUCAUCGCCAAGCCGCCAGUUAAGGCUUCGAAGGAGUCUUUGGGAUCUGCCCUCGAUUCCUUUUACAGCGACAUCGCGCGUAUUGAAAAAACGGAAACGGAACGGACAGGACAUCAGGAUGUCACUGCCACGGUAAUAGAGCAAGUGUCUGUCCCGACCGAAGAAGCGAAGCCGGAAGCAGAAGCGGAAACUGUGCCCAAUGAUACAACGACGAAGGAACGGAAGAAAAAGAAGGCAAGGAUCAGCAAUAGCAAAAAACACAAGGAGGUGUCGAGCAUGGUGGCAAAGUGGCAAAGGGUACAAAAGAAUUUAGAGGACACUGUAUAAAUAUUAGAAAGGGAUCGAAAUAAGAUAAUCAAUUGCUGUACUGAUGUCGCCUAGACUGUGUUAUUAGUAUCUUUAGAUUUCAUUACACAUAUGUACAUACACAUUGUUAAACAUCUCGUCUGUGCUACUUUAAGUUUUCACCCCUAAUCCGAUACAUACUACGUAUAUUUGUGUUGUAAGAGUUUUGCAGCAAUAUUAUCUGUAUUAUUGAACGUAGUACUUAUCUCUCGUGCGACUAUUGUGUACGUUACAAUUCAUUGGUGAAAUUUGCGAUAGCUUUUAUGCACGGUAGAAACAAGCGGUGUCUUAAUAUUAUUAUCAUUACAAUUUUGCACUUUCAUAGUCACAAAUAUGAGCGCGUCCCUGUAACUCGAUGCGUUUCUUUCAAUGCCGAGAGAUACUGCUUCAUUCAAUGCAAAUUAUUUUUGCACAUACAUACAUAUACUAAGCGCGAUUGCAGAAUGUGAAUAAUGAAAUUGUACUUUAUAGGCUUUAAUUAUUGCAAGCGGGAGAAAAACGGAGUAAAAAUAAAGAGCAGGAUAUUUGAUAUUA